CUCCGCCGCCGCCCUGCCUAGACCCCAACCAGACGGCCAAUCCAUAGUCAGCCUCUUCCAUGCCACCGUUGUCCGCGUCCCUCUCGUUCUCUCUUUUCCUUCCUUUCUAGCACCCCCCUGGUCGCCCCCCUGGGCUCCAUCCCGAACCUCCCCGACUCCAUCCCGGCAAAGCCGGCCACGUCCUAUUAUCGGAGCUCUAUAGCCGACUUAUCGUGAACACUCAUCAAACCUGGCCAAUUCCGUGUCCCAAUUCCUCCGCUACCUACCUCUCCUCCCCCCCCUUUACCUCACCACUGCGAAUUCUUUCCCUUAGCGUCCUCCUGCUGCUACGUCCCACUGUCAUAGCCUGCCCACGCCAGCAUGUCGGCACCCACAACCGUCAAGGAGGCCGUCAAGGGGAGCCUCCUGGGGUCCUCGGAACCGUCUGGCCUAUCUGCCUCCCAUCGCGCGUCCUUCUUGAAAAAUGCAAAGAAGGAUGAGCAAACUGGCGAGCUGUACAUGGGACCCGAUGAGUUUAUAGAGGCCAUCGCACCACCAGACGAGGAUUACCACAAGAUUAGUCGCGAUCAGUAUGGUCUUCUGUUCAGCGUGGCCGACCGUAAAGGCACCGGUAAGAUAUCGAUUGGAGACUGGGCCGCCUUCGAGAACCUCCUGCUGAAGCCCGACGCUGAGUACGAGAUCGCCUUCCGUCUAUUCGACAUCGAGCGUACCGGAAACGUAAAAUAUGAAGACUUCCGCCGGCUGUACGAGAACAACAAGGGGCCCAAUAGUAUCCCUUUCGACUGGGACUGUGAGUGGGCGAAGCUCUACAUCGGGAACAAGUCGAAGCGCCAUGCCUUUUCAUAUCCGGAGUUCUCUCAGAUGCUCCGCGGUCUCCAGGGGGAGAGGAUCAGGCAGGCCUUCCAACUCAUGGACAAGGACGGCGAUGGCUAUAUCGAGCCGGAAGAUUUCGCCAGGAUCAUCCUCGAGACGUCCAAGCACAAGCUCUCGGACCACCUGUUGAACAACCUCACCUCCCUCUGCAACAUAUCCACCAGCAGCCGGAUUUCCUAUGCCAACGUCCGCGCCUUCCAGAAUAUGAUCACCGAGAUGGAUCUGGUCGAGUUUAUUAUCCGCCAGGCUUGCCGGAAAAGCUCCGAUGGGAAGAUCACGAGGACCGAGUUCCUCAACGAGGCCGCCAGGAUUACCAGGUUCUCCCUGUUCACGCCGAUGGAGGCCGACAUACUCUUCCACUUUGCCAGCUUGGAUGAGCCGUCGGGCCGGUUAAGUCUGACCGACUUCGCCAAGGUAUUGGACGCCUCGUGGCGAGGUCGUGGUAUCUCCGGCGACUCCCAGCGACAGGAAACCUCGACGGCUAAGGGGGCCACACGGAGUGUAUUUCUAAGCGUCCUCGAGUCUGCUUAUAACUUUAUCCUGGGUAGCGGCGCUGGCGCCUUCGGUGCCUUCAUGGUGUAUCCGAUCGACUUGGUCAAGACGCGGAUGCAAAACCAGCGAGGCGCCGACCCAGGGCACAGGCUGUACAAGAACUCGAUCGACUGCUUCAGGAAAGUCAUUGCCAAUGAGGGCGUCCGUGGCCUAUACUCUGGAGUCCUACCUCAACUGGUUGGCGUCGCCCCGGAGAAGGCAAUCAAGCUGACGGUGAACGACCUCGUCCGCGGCUUUUUUACCGAUCCCAAGACGCACCACAUUGCCUGGGAAUACGAGGUUCUGGCUGGUGGUACUGCUGGCGCAUGUCAAGUUGUUUUCACCAAUCCUCUCGAGAUUGUCAAGAUCCGGCUCCAAGUACAGGGAGAGGUCGCCAAGGCCACUGAAGGCGCCGCCGCUCAGAAGCGCUCCGCCAUGUGGAUCGUCCGUAACUUGGGUCUAGCAGGUCUCUACAAGGGUGCUUCGGCGUGCUUGCUCCGUGACGUGCCCUUCUCGGCCAUCUAUUUCCCUACAUACAGCCAUUUGAAAAAAGACCUUUUCGGAGAGUCACGCACGAAAAAGCUCGGGAUCGCCCAGCUACUCACUGCCGGCGCUAUAGCCGGCAUGCCUGCCGCCUAUCUGACUACGCCUUGCGACGUAAUCAAGACGCGUUUGCAGGUCGAGGCGCGCAAGGGCGAUACGAGCUACACGGGACUGCGACAUGCUGCGAAGACUAUCUUGAAGGAGGAAGGUUUCCGAGCCUUCUUCAAGGGCGGCCCAGCUCGCAUUUUCAGAUCUUCCCCCCAGUUCGGUUUCACGCUUGCGGCGUACGAGGUUCUCCAGAGCAUGCUACCAUUCCCCGGCAAGCCGAAGGAGGAGCAGGCCCGAACCGGCCUGGCAGAGGUCCUCGGCACGAUUAAGGAGAGAGACAUUACUUCCCCGCACGCCCGAAGCCGGAAUGCGCUGAAAGUGAUCCUCGAUCUCGAUCAGAACUUUGGGCGCGUCAAGCUUCCCGACCAGCAAGCUUGGAAGGCGGUGCCAAAGUUCCUCGGCGGUGGAAGGUCAUAAACGAACCAUAGACCAGGCACUAGAAUUCUCAUCCUCUUCCGUCUCUACGUAUGCUGUAGAGAAGAUUUGCAUGUAACAUGGCGUUCGCGGCCCAUGGCCUAGGGGAGUCUCUUGUUUGCGUUUUAGUAGGGACCCAAGUUCGA